AUGACUUACAACCUCUCACCCAAGAAGAUAGUUUCAACACUUUCGGAAGUAGAUAAGUUAAAGAGAGAGAAUAAAGUGCUUUACAGUAUCGAGUUCAAGUAUGGCGGUAAACCUGUGCGAGCCUGGACCAUACGGCAUGGAAAUAAAUCUGAUCAGGAAGGUUUAUUUACAAAAAUAUUGAAAAAUCUGCUUAAUAUACAGAAUGAAUUAAAGGCCCAACUUAAAGUUCUCAGAAAGAAAAAGGAAUAUAUGGGGAAAGUUAAAAGUAAAAUGGAUUCAACUGGCAGAUCUUUCCUGGUAGUGGACGCAAUCAAAGAUGUUCUAUCCUCUGUAAAAAAUACUGAGAGGCACGCAGAGAUGACCAAGAUCCUAAAAUAUAGUUCUAUUUGUUUUGAAUACAAUUCUUUAAAUUCGAAGCAGAAGGCGAUUAAAUUAUAUAUGAAUUCGUUCUAUGGUGUGACCGGCCAAAGUGAUUCCCCGUUCUAUACACUAGCACUUGCUGGUGGUGUUACUUCAGCUGGGCGAGAGAAUAUCAAACUUGUCGCAGAAUUCGUGAAAAAAAAGGGCUUUGGGAUAAAAUAUGGUGAUACUGAUUCCCUAUAUCUCACUUGCCCAGAUUCUUGUUAUGAGAAAUGUGAUCUGGCCUACAAUGGCGGGAAAGGCACAAUUUUGAAACUAGAGUACUGGACCGAAAUGGUCACAAUUACUAAGGGCGUAAUGGAGAAAUUGCGUAAUAAAGUAAACAGUUUUCUUAGGCUAAAAACCAGAUCGGGUUAUCUCGAAAUGGCUUAUGAAGAAGUGCUAUUCCCAGUAGUCUUCACUGGGAAGAAAAAAUAUUUCGGCACCAAGCAUGAAGAUGCAGUAAAUUUCAGUCUGGAGGAUCCUUUCAUAAGAGGAAUUGAUACUGUAAAACAAGGCAAAUCCCAGCUUUUCAAAACCAUAGGGGAUCGGAUUAUGAAUGAAGUUAGGAAUAUCAACAACGAGCACUCUCUCCAUAAAAUUGUUGAGGACGUUCUUAGGGACGCUAUAAUUAAUACUGAGCAAUGGAAUUUUGAACAGUUUAUAGAGACUGAUGCAUGGAAACCUGAUGUAAAUAAUAUUAGCGUCCAACGUUUUAUAGGAAGAAUGAGAGAAAAAUAUGAUAGUAAAAUUCCGAUACCAGGUGAACGCUUUAGUUAUGUAGUAACCCAUCCCGAUACUACCUUCGAUUUACAUGGUAAAAAGUUAAAACCAACUAAAGGCGAAAAAAUGGAAUUCGCCGAUGUAGCUAAGGAAUUGGGAAAGGAACUAGAUUUAUACCAUUAUUUCGAAAAAAUUAUUAUUGGCCUCUGUGCCCGAUUUAUCAUGUAUGACAAGAAGUAUGAGCCAGAACCCUCAAUCAAUGGUGUUACUUCCAAGAUGAUGGAAUCUCGUGGGAUUGCUUAUAAGCGUGCUUACAGAACUGUGGUCAAAAAGGCACAAGAAAUGUUGUAUCAAAAGAUAGGGUACUUAUACGAAAUAUUUCAUGGCGAAUGGCUUAGCUACGAGAUUUUCAUGGUAAGUAACCCUAUUGAGGUAUUAUGGGAGAAAUUUAUGAAAUGCGCUAGGAAAAUUUUAAAAGAUAAAAACCUCUCGGUAAAUGACGAAAUGAAGGAAAAAAUAUACUCUGAUUUUGCUCGAUAUCCUAGCGAGCUUGCAAAGUGUAUUGAAGAGUAUAAUUUAUUCUUUCACAAAUUGGUCUAUCAUAUGCAUUACAAAGAGCAUGUGUCAAUUCCAGAAGAAAUCGGACCAGUUUCAUCCAUGCGAAAAAAUGAGAUAAUUGCUGACCUACCUUCCUUACCUCACAUAUCAGAAAUUGGGGCACUAGAUGAGAUUAGUAAUUUAUGGUAUUUCCAUCUUGAGGAUGUGACCGAGCCGGAGGCAGUAAAGCAAAGCACUUAA